AUGGAAAGAUUGAUAUUUUUGAUUGGCAGUGUGUUGGCGAUUUGUGAUACGAUUAUUGACAGCGAAAAAACGGAAUUUUCAAUAAAACUAAAAGUCGGAUGUGAUAAUUUGGUGGGUUGUGAAGUUUUUAUUUGGGCUUUAAAAACCUGAACUCAACUUAUUCUCUUUUCCUCUCCUUUUCAUUCCUAAUUUUUCUUCUCCUAAUCCAACCAUUAUUCCAGAUUCCCAUUAAAACUAACAAAUCCAUUCAACUUAAUCUUCCAUGUGGUGCCUUCUACACAAUCUACCUUCAAAUCCCGAACCACGAAAUAUACCAUUCGGAUGUCAUACCUCACUGUGACCGACAGAGUCCCCAAAAAGUUACAUGGCAGGGUCCAAUAAGCACUGGACUUAAAAUAAAAACUGAUACUGAGAAACUAAUUGAUGUCAAGAUUUUGGAAUCAACAGAAAGUGUUUGUGGAUUUCCAUAUGCUAUUUUAAACUCGGAGAACACUGUCAUUCAGGAGGAUGUUAUUUUUAAUACCGCACAAGAGUGUGUAUUUCGAUUGGUUCCUGGGAAAAUCGAAGGUGUUGAUCAGGUGGAGCUGAAUUUCAAUGAUUAUAAUGAUUUGUUAUAUGAAGCCCGGAUUUAUAGUGAUAAAGACGACUAUAUUCCUACAAAAUAUGAUUAUGAACAUAUUUUCGAUCUACAGGAAUUCGAUAUAAAAUUGAAAAAAUACUCCGAGCCCCCAAAGAUCACUGCAAUCCUACAUAAAAAUCGUUAGUUCCAUUAUUACACGUUCAAAAAAUCCCUGACGUUUCAGCUUGUGCGGACUUUCGCAAACUCACAUUGUCUCGAGAAAUUGUCACAAUAUCCAUUAAAAUGCCAGAAUUCGCAAUGGAUUGCGGUUCGGCUGCUAUUUUCCUGGCUGAAUAUAGUGUAGAGUUUCCGGAUUUAUGGGUGAAUGAAAUUAUUUUAUUAGAACAUAAUUUUGACUUGGAUGAUCGGGAGAGUAUAAAAGUCAAGGAUUUCUCAAAUUCGACGAUGGACAUUUUAGAGUUAGUUCAGAGGAGAAUUGUUAUUGUAAAAAGUAUUUUCAAAACCGAAUCGGAAAUAAUUUUUCUAAUAAUUUUCUCCGUUUUCCAGCAAGACACAUUGGAUGCGAAAAAUGGCACUAAAACCAAAAACCGGUGGACUUAUUAUAACUCUCAACAAUCUUCAAAAUUAUCACCUAACUUUUACCAGAUAUUCAAUCCCCACUCAUUGCACCUGUCCUAGUUAUAACUCUAUGAUAUAUGACAAAAAUCAAAAUGUUCCACUGCCCUUCAAAGACUGUGCUCAUAUUUUUUGCCAUUGGCGCAUUGAAAAUCCGAAAAUGGCGACGAUAAAUAUGCGAUUGAAAAGGAAUGGAAUCAGUGGAGGGAUUUUUGAAGUGAAUGAUGGAACGGGAAAUAUUUUGCAGCAUUCUGGAUCUGAUGUUUUCAACUUGGCGGCCAAAGAGAAAUUCAUGGAAGUGUCUUUUAUUAGUCAUCUAGGGAAGAAGGAGAAUCUCAUAAUUAUUGAAAAUGAUUUUAUUUUCACGUUGAGUAAGUCUUUCUUCAUGAUGAGCAAAUGAGCCACGUGGAACACUUUAAAGGGGAGGGGUAAGACGACAAAAUUUUUUUGCUCAAAGAAUCGGGCCCUCUUUGAAUAGUAAAAGCCCCAGGGGAUUUUUUCUCGAAAGGCCUAAAAAGGUCCGAAAAAAAUAUUCCAUGAACUUUUUUCAACGUAUAUACGUUGUCCGAAAGUUUAUGGAAUAAUUUCAACGUAUACCUAGUUUAUGGAACAUUUUUUCUGGACGUUUCCAGAAAAAAUCCCUUGGAGGUUUUACUACUUUUGGGGUGCCUUUAACUUUGCGACAAAAAAAUUUUGUCGUCUUACCCCCCCCUUUAAUCUGAAGUUUCCUGAGCGUGUCUUAAAAUAUGUUUCUAGACUGUGACUGCCCAAACCAUUCGAAGACCUUCCUUCCCUUUCACAACGAAAUCACCCUAACCAGUGUCAAUUAUCCAGAACCUUAUUGUCUAAAUAUGACAUGCACAAUGCAUUUUGAAACUGUUGAAAAGUAACUCGUAUCUUCCUUAGCUUCUGAAUGAAAUAUAUAAUUUUCAGUGCUACUCUAAUGUUCUAUAUCAAUAAUUUGGAACUAGAUGACAAUGACGAAUUGAGAAUUUAUGAUGAUGAAUUUGAAGAAAAUUUAAUUGAAAUUCUAUCAAGAAAACAUCACGGAAUCUCGUAUUCAAGUUCGGGAAAUAAUGCAUUAAUGAUUUUUGAAUCAGAUGAUGAUGUGACAGUUUAUGAUGUUGGAUAUAAUAUUACUGUGCGGUCUGAGGGGCCUGGAACUACAACAUCUAUAUCCACAUCGACUGUUUCUACCAAAUCUAUGAGUUCCAUUGCAGUUUCAACUUCAACUCUAGCUUCAACAUCUACAUUGGAAUAUAAAUCUACAUCGACAUCUACAACUUCCGUCAGCACUGCUGAAGUUCUAACUUCUACACCACCUAUAACAUCUACAAGCCAUCAAGUUGCUAAAAACAAUCAUAUUAUUAUCAUCUUCGGCUUCCUAUUACUGAUUAUUAGUGGAUUUUUAGCAUUCUUCAUUUUUAAAAUAUAUAAGAAAUUAUCCAGGCCUAGAGGGAUUUAGUGAGUUUUUCUUGAGAACUGCAUAAUAACAGUAAUUUUCAGCCAACCAAGUUAUAUGGAUAUGCAGGACACUAGAAUGCUAUAA